ACACACUCACACACACUCCAAAAGAGGGAACUGGGUAUUAGAGCAGGCAGGCACAGGCACACUCACACUCACACUCACAGAGAGAGGUAGGGAGAGAGAGAGAAAGAGAGUGAGAGAGAGAAGAGAAGAAAAGACGGAUACAGAAGCCAACAAGAAAAGGAAACAGAACACGCACACGCACACACACACACACAUAUAUACACACACAUACACACACACACACGUGUGUCUGCUGCUCAUCCAAAGGCACAGAAAGGAUUACUUUUCUUCCUCCUCUUCGUCAGAUUCUGACACGAGCUUUGUGUCAGUGUGUGUGUGUGUGUGUGUAUGUGUGUGUGUGUGUGAUUGAGUGUUCGUGAGCACUCAGCUUGACAGCGUUUGACUCAGGAGGACACUUCAGUCCAAGAAUGGCCACCUCGCGACGGCCUGCCGGUGCGAGCUCUCGUGCGCGCCCUUGCGCGUGUGUGUUUGUGUGCGCGUGCGUGCGGAGCGUGUGUGUGUGUGCGCUCCUCCUGCUGCUCCUCGUGUCCGGCGGCGGAAUAACGACCGCUUACGCGUCUGCUGCCGAGGAGUACGACUACUACAGCUGGCCCCUGGACCCUCUGCAGACCGGACGCUUCUACUCCAAGCAGCCGCAGUGCGUGGACAUCCCGGCUGACCUCCGGCUGUGCUACGGCGUGGGCUACAAGCGCAUGCGGCUGCCCAACCUCCUGGAGCACGAGGCUCUGGCCGAGGUCCGCCAGCAAGCGGGCAGCUGGGUCCCUUUACUGGCCAAGCGUUGCCACGCCGACACGCAGGUGUUCCUGUGCUCGCUGUUCGCGCCCGUGUGCCUGGACCGGCCCGUGUACCCGUGCCGGUCGCUGUGCGAGGCGGUCAGGGACUCGUGCGCGCCCGUCAUGGAGGCCUACGGCUUCCCCUGGCCACCCAUGCUGCAGUGCAGCAAGUUCCCCAUCGACAACGACCUGUGCAUCCCCAUGCAGUACAGCAGCGGACACGCCACGCAGACGCCAGUGUCUAAGGUGUGUCCUCCCUGUGAUAAUGAGCUGAAGGCCGACACCAUCCUAGAACACUUCUGUGCCAGCGACUUUGUUCUAAAGCUGAAGCUGAAAGAGGUGCGUAGAGAUCGCGGGGACCGCAAGCUGAUCGUGGCUCAGAAGAAGAAGAAGGUUCUCAAGAUGGGCGUUCUGCGCAAGAAGGAACUGAAGAAGCUGGUUCUGUACGUCAAAAACGGCGCCAACUGCCCGUGCCCGCAGCUGGACUCGCUGUCCAGCGCCUACCUGGUGAUGGGCCGGCGGCUGGAGCAGCAGCUGCUGGUCAUGGCCAUACACAAGUGGGACAAGAAGAACAAGGAGCUCAAGUUCGCCCUCAAGUACAUCAAGAGCCACCAGUGCCCCUCUUACCACACCGUCUUCCAGUGAUGCACACACACACACACACACACACACACACACAGAGAGAUGAACAUGCACACACACACACACACACACACACACACACACACAUACACAGAUGAACAUGCACACACACACUCACACACACACACACACACACACACACAGAUGAAUAUGCAUACAAACACACACACACAUACACACACACACAGAUUAACACAAAUGAAUAUGCACGCACACACACACACACACACACACACACACACACACACACACACACACACACACAGAUGAACAACCGCACACACACACACACACGCACAGAGGAAUGGAUAUGAAUCCAAUCAAACAUGUUUAGUAAACAUAGUUUAAUACUGCAGUACCAUGAGUGGAAUUUAAACCUAAAAUGUAAUCAAUAACUCGCAAACCACAGCACUCAGCAAUACACUCUGCAAGACAAACACCAUUGUUUACUUCAAUCACACACCAACACACAGCCCACUCAACACACACACACACAUACACAUCAACAGCAAAAUCACAUUACAACAUUUAUCAAUCAUCUUUUAUAAGCCAAAAAAUGUUUAGCACAAUAUAGACACAGUUAAAUCAAAGUGUAUAUCACUCUCCGAGAGACUUUUACACCUUACGGACUGUUGCUGUUCUGACAGAAGCUGUUGCCAUGGUUAGAUGUUGAUGUAAGAUGUUAUGAUGCAAUGGGCGAAUAAGGGAAGGUUGUUAAGGUAACCCCUGUCGUCUGACAGCAGUGGAGUGGAGCCAAUUAGAGACUGAGAUUCUCUUCCUGCAGACCAAUUAGCAGGGAGCAGAGGCUGAUUUGACUGAUAAGGGAGGAGCCGGCCGGCUGGGGGCACUAGGACCCCGGGGGGCAGUAGGACCUUGAGGUGCCUUCCAUUCACUGUCUAUCAGAGGCUGCAGAUUACCACCAGAGUUAGCGUAGAAUGCUGUGUGUGAAGAGAACUUGUGAAGAGUGAGAUGUGUGUGUGUGUGUGUGUGUGUGUGUGUGUGUGUGUGUGUGUGUGUGUGUGUGUGUGUGUGUGAGAGAGAGAGAGAGAGAGAGAGAGAUUAAAGUGUGGAAGCCGGGUGAGUGUGUGUGUGAGAGAGAGUGAGACUGGGGAGUUGGCCACUCAACACUGCCUCUACAGGCUCAGAGAAGAAGUGUAGCUGGCAGCCAACGGGAUGGUAGCCACCACACACUCACACAGGAACGAUGAGUUCAUCUUCUAGUGGAGGCUGUGUGUGUGUGUGUGUGUGUGUGUGUGUGUGUGUGUGUGAGAGAGAGAUAGAGAGAGAGAGACUGAUGCACAAAGAGGUAGACUUGGCUGUUUGUGAAUAUUACCAUGUAUUAUGGGUUGUGUCUGUGUGUAUAAUGGGUUGUGUGUGUGUGUGUGUGUGUGUGUGUGUGUGUGUGUGUGUGUGUGUGUGUGUGUGUGUGUGUGUGUGUGUGUGUGUGUGUGUGUGUGUGUGUGAGUGAGUGUGUGGUUGUGUCUGUGUGUAUAAUGGGUUGUGUGUGUGUGUGUGUGUGUGUGUGUGUGUGUGUGUGUGUGUGUGUGUGUGUGUGUGUGUGUGUGUGUGUGUGUGUGUGUGUGUGUGUGUCUGUGUGUGAGUGAGUGUCUGUGUGUGAGUGAGUGUCUGUGUGUGUGUGUGUGUGUGUGUGUGUUAUAUGUUGGUGUAGAUGGCAGUUUUUUGAGGAAUCAGAUAUCAUCAGUAAUCAUUAGACUCUGGGACUGUGCAGAAUGGCUCCUUUUUGUAAAGAAAUAAAAUAUACUUGAAUUCAUUUUGUAAUAAAUAUAAAGGAAACUUUCAA